GGCAGGUACGGGGGCGACAGUCGGAGAGUGGCGGGGAGCGUCCCGAAAAGGGGCUGCCAAGAAUCCGGGGCCUGUAGGUCCGGAGACGCUGGCAUUCGUUUCUGUCCGGACGACUCUGGUCAUGAAACAAAUGGCACAUAUCGGCCAUGGGGUCCCAUCAUUCUGCCUUUGCUCGUCCCUCUUCCUGCAAGCAGAAGAAAGAAGAUGACAGGGAGGAUUUGCGAGCUGAACGAGAACAGGAAGAAGCCAUUGCUCAGUUCCCAUAUGUGGAGUUCACUGGGCGAGAUAGCAUCACCUGUCUCACGUGCCAAGGGACUGGCUACAUUCCAACAGAGCAAGUAAAUGAGUUGGUGGCUUUGAUACCACACAGUGAUCAGAGAUUGCGCCCUCAGAGAACUAAGCAGUAUGUCCUCCUGUCCAUCCUGCUCUGCCUCCUGGCAUCUGGUUGGGUGGUUUUCUUGCUGUUUCCACACUCGGUCCUUGUGGAUGAUGAUGGCAUCAAAGUAGUGAAAGUCUCAUUUAAUCAGAAGGACUCCCUUGUAAUCCUCGCCAUCACGGCCACCCUGAAAAUCAGGAACUCCAACUUCUACUCUGUGGCGGUGACCAGCCUGUCCAGUCAGGUUCAGUACAUGAACACGGUGGUUGGCACAUAUAUGACAAGUACCAUCUCCCUCAUUCCAUCUCGGAGCGAGCAGCUGGUGAAUUUUACUGUGAAGGCUGAGAUGGGAGGACCAUAUUCCUAUGUGUACUUCUUAUGCACAUUACCUGAAAUCCCGGUGCACAACAUAGUGAUCUUCAUGAGAACUUCAGUGAAGAUUUCAUACAUUGGCCACAUAACCCAGAGCUCCUUGGAGACACAUCACUAUGUGGAUUGUAGAGCAGAUUCCACAGCUGUUUAGAAACUGCUCUUGGUUCUUACAUGGCAGCACCUGUCAGAAGAGAGUACAGCAUGUGUUCAUAGUGCCUGAGUUCCAUGCCUACCCCGGUGCUCAGGCAGACAUGUUGCUGCCACUGGGGAAGAAAACUACAGCAUCAUUUAUUUUACUCAGAACCAGCAGAUCACUGCCCAGUGCCUAGCCUUGUGCCCAGCAAAUAGUAGGCACUCAAGAAAUGUUUGAGAAUUUAAUUCAGAUCUUUUCUCCUGUCCUUAGGGCAUUAUAAAUUGAAAUCAACCAUUAAAUGACAUGGAGAUAGGACUCAGCUGCAGAGUUGUGGAAAGUUAAAAUUGUUUUUACUAAGAUUCUCUUUGUGGGGCUUGAUUUAUCCUUGAAUUCUUUGGCUGGAAGAUGGAUUGGAGAUUUGUUAGAAAAAUAAAUACUUCUUUUCAUUCA